UUUAUUCACCUACAUUCAUUAUUCAUAAGCUGUCACUUUCGCAUACGUCAAAAAUGGAGGAGGAACGUCUGUUCGACGAAAGAGUGGCAAUUCGGGAAUCCGCUCGUCCUCUUAAAAAAUACGGCAGUACGUGUAACCACAUGAAGAGGAACGAGGAAUAUAUUAAGCAUGUCAUGGUUAAAGGUGAUACGCUGCAAGGCCUCGCGCUCAAAUAUGGUGUUACCAUGGAGAAAAUUAGACGGGCUAACCGUUUGUUCGCAACGGACAGUUUGUUUUUGCGCGAGUAUUUAUUGAUUCCCGUGACGAAGGAGUCUCCUUUCUAUGAGAAUGGUGAGCGGGUGACGGAGAUGGCGCCGCCGAACCACCGCGCAUCCAUCGCCGGCAUGCCUACUAGAGACAGGGACUUCUCGCCGGGAAGCCCUGAUGAGAAGAAGUCCUUUGAUGAGUUCCUCAACAGACUGGACUCUUCGCUGGCCGACAUUAAGAAACAUGUUGAGAAGACCAAGGAAAACAGUGAGUGAGUAUCAUUUUGCUUUAUUUUGUUA